CUUCUGAUGUAUAAAAAAGGAAUUAUUAAUUAGCUUGCCCUGAUAUGUUUCUUUACGUAGCAUUUAAUCUAUACUGGAUUUCUCCAAAUGCAGUUGAAGAUUAUGCUUCCAUUCAUAGAGCCAUUAUAAGCAAGAGAAAGCGCAACAAGAGCAAGCCCAUUCUGAUUUGGGAAGUAUUGGAAGAAGAAAAUAAAAGAUGGUUGGCAUCUCAUGAGGAUGCUGACAUAGAUUUGGAGAAUCUGAAUGAUGUUAUAGCUGAAACAGCUGAACCGCCACCUGAUCUAAUUAUGCCUCUGCUAAGAUAUCAGAAGGAAUGGUUGGCUUGGGCGCUGCAGCAAGAGGAGUCUGCAGCAAGAGGAGGCAUCCUAGCGGAUGAAAUGGGAUUGGGGAAGACGGUACAAGCUAUUGCACUUGUACUGGCAAAGCGGGCAUAUCAUCCAGCAGUGGAUGGAGUUCUAUUCCCUCCUAGUUCAUCUUCUGGGUUGCCAGAACUUAAAGCUACACUUGUAGUAUGUCCUUCUGUUGCUGUAAUUCAAUGGGUGAAUGAGAUUGACCGCUCUACCCUUAAAGGCAGCAACAAGGUUCUGGUGUAUCAUGGAGCCAAAAGGGGCAGGACCCUUCAUGAAUUCUCUAAUUAUGAUUUUGUUAUAACAACAUAUUCUAUUGUCCAAGCUGAAUUCAGGAAACAUGUCAUGCCUUCGAAGAAAGAAUGCUUUUGGUGUGGGCAGUUGUUUAAUGCACGCAAGUUAUUUUUGCACCAAGAAUGUUGUCGUCUUCUAAAUGGUGGAAGAACUUAUAAGCCGAUGAAGGGUGGAAAUAAGGAAACUCCAAACAAAGGGAAGUGCCACAACAAAAAUAAGGCCUUUGGAGCUGGCACUUCUACCAAUGAUUUAGAUGGAGGAGCUGAAGAAGGCCUGGGUGAAAGAAAUUCUAAUUUGCACUCCAUAAAGUGGAAUCGUAUCAUAUUGGAUGAGGCUCAUUAUAUCAAAGAUCGACAUGGUUACACCACAAAAGCCGUUCUUUCCCUGGAAUCUCCCUAUAAAUGGGCUUUAAGUGGCACUCCUAUUCAAAAUCGCGUUGGAGAACUUUACACUCUGAUCCGUUUCCUCCAGAUUGGUCCUUAUUCUAACUACUUUUGUAGGGACUGUGAUUGCACAGAACUUGAUCCUAGUUUUGAAAGUGAAUAUUGUUUGCACUGCACUCAUGCAAAUACAAGACACUUUUGCUGGUGGAAUAAAUAUAUUGCCACACCAAUAAAAUCACAAGGACAUACUGGGUCUCGCAGAGGUGCCAUGAUAUUGCUCAAACACAAAAUUUUGAAAGGAAUACUCCUUAGGCGUACUAAGAAGGGUAGAUGUGAUGAUCUAGCACUUCCUCCUAAAACGAUCUUUUUAAGACGGGAAUCAUUGGAUAUCAAGGAAGAAGAUUAUUACACCUCAUUGUACAAUGAAAGUCAGGCACAAUUUAACACAUAUGUCACAGAAGGAACUGUUAUGAAUAACUAUGGCAAUAUCUUUGGUCUCCUCACACGUUUGCGACAGGCUUUGGAUCAUCCCUACCUCGUGAUAUACUCUAAAAGCCGAAACAACAAUGAAGUCUUAUGUGGACUGUGUCACGAAUUAGCAGAAGAUCCUCUGGUUAGCGCAUGCAAACACAGCUUCUGCUCAUAUUGUUGGGAUCUUUUCUCUACUAGUGCGGGACAAGUCUUGUGCCCUACAUGCAAGAAACCGCUUACUAUAGACUUAGGUACAGAAGAAGAGCAAGAAGACAAGGAUACUAAAACGACUAUUAAAGGUUUUAAGCCCUCAAGUAUUAUCAACAGAAUUCGGCUUGAUGACUUCCAGACUAGUACAAAAAUCGAUGCUUUGAGGGAAGAAAUUAGAUUUAUGUUUGAGAGGGAUGGAUCAGCAAAAGGAAUUGUUUUCAGCCAAUUUACAUCAUUCCUGGACUUGAUUCGCUAUACCCUGCAGAAGUCCGGAAUUCAGUGUGUUCAGUUGGAUGGAUCUAUGUCUAUGAAGGCAAAAGAUACCGCUAUCAAAAAAUUUAACGAGGAUCCAAAUUGCAGACUAUUUCUCAUGAGCUUAAAAGCAGGAGGGGUUGCGCUUAAUCUCACAGUGGCAUCACAUGUAUUCAUGAUGGACCCAUGGUCGAAUCCAGCUAUUGAACAACAGGCGCAAGACAGAGUUCAUAGAAUAGGGCAGUAUAAACCUAUAAGGGUUGUGAAGUUUGUAAUAGAAGAUACAAUCGAAGAAAGAAUUUUGAAGUUGCAAGAGAGAAACGAAUCAGUAUAUAAAGGGACUAGUGUUGGUGGCGCAGGCGAGGACGUGGGAAGGUUAACAGAGGCUGACAUUAGAUUCCUGUUAGUAAUAUAAAAUGUUGAAGUUACAUAUGAAUUCUAGUGUUGUGAUAAUACAAGUGUUACCUACUCCCUCCGUCCCAAAGGUAUACAAUUGAACGAGAAGUCGGGAGUAUCUCUUUCUGGUAGAUACCAGGAGAAAUGUAGCUACUUAAAAUAUGAGCUUGUAUAUCCUCAAAAUUUUCUCUUAUCCUGUAUGUAACACCUAAGAUUUUAAAGAUUAGCCUCAAUGGGGUGUUGUGCUUUUACUGUAUAAAUAUGAUCUUCGAGCAUAAUCCUGGUAUAUCUUGCCUUGUUGCCUCGUAUGUUUCGUCUUGGAGGAGAAAAGAGUGAAUAUCACUUCUUCUUUUUUUUU